AGACUCAUUUAAGGUUUAACUCAGAAAUCGCAAGCAUGGUUUGUCAGAUCAGAUUUUCAUUGCUGUUUGUCAUCUGUGUGGCUUCAACAGCCUUCGUUCUGGUUGAAACAUCUGUAACAGAUUCUAAGUGGAAUGAAUUGGUCAAAGUUUCCUUGCAGCGUUCAGAGCCUGAAAAUGAAUAUUUCUCUUUGGAGGGAUCCUCGUGCUCACCAUAUUGUCCAUCAGGAUGGGUGAGCUAUGGCAGACGAUGCUACAUAUAUGUUGACCAGCACAUGGAUUGGAUCUCUGCUGAGAAUCACUGUCUGGAUCUUGGAGCCAACUUGGUCUCAAUACACAGUGAAGAUGAGUAUAAGGUGGUCAAGGCCCUUAUUCGUUUUCAUGACCCCAAACAGAAUCCCACGUGGAUCGGCCUUACUAACUGUGUGAAGCUAAAAAACUGGUUUUGGUCUGACGGCACCAAAUUAUCUUUCACCAAAUGGAACCCGGACGAACCCAACAAUUUUGAAAAUAUAGAGUGUUGUGUGCAUAUGAACUUUUCUGUCUUUAUGAACUGGAAUGACAUCCCAUGCGUUAAUACAUAUCCCUUUGUGUGUGUCAAGAGGCUUAAGUAAGAUUCUUACAGCCUCACCUUACUGAAUGUAAUGAAUAAUGAAGGUUUUCUUCCUGCUCUUAACUGACAUAAAAGACUUUGAGUG